UUGGUAAACUAGCCCUUGAAGGCACCCAAAAUCUCAUAAUUAUUGUGAAAGAGAUAGCAGCUGAAUUAUAUCAAUACAAAUUAAUCAAAAUUCAAAACACACCCUUUCUUUGCUACUUGCAUUCACAAUCACAACUCACACAGCUAGAGUCAACAUAAUAGAAACUUCACCCAACCAUACUUAACUUUUCUUUAUACCCAACCUAGAUACUGAGAGGAAGAAACAAGAUGGCAUACACUGGGCUGAAGCUGUUCAUGUUGAAACUGAAGCAGAUGAUUUUAAGUAACAAUCAUCCACUAGUCACCCCGCAAUUCCAACUGCUUUAUGACGGGCUUGGAUUGAUGAUCCAAACCAUAUUCGUUGAAAAAGAAAGUGACCUACAUAAGCUUGAGGAAGUAAGAAAUCUGAAGAGAAGAUUCAAAGAUGUAACAAAAGAGGCACACGAUAUGCUUGAUCUGUUUGUCUCCGCGAUCAAUUUCAAACACAAGAUAUGUGAUCCAAUAUCUUAUGUAUUUGACUUCUCUCUGAUUAUUGAGGAUGUUAUGAGAUCAAUCAAGUCUAUCAGAGAGGAUUUCAUUAGCAUCCUCAAUAACACGAAGAUGGAAUUAUAUCCAAGAACCGACAGUCAGAAAACCCGAUCUGCCGCUGCUGGUGGAACUUCCUGCUCCAGAAAUUCACCAGUAUGGGAGGAAAAUGAAAUCGUAGUGGGUCUUGAUCCGGAUAUUGAUAUCAUACGAGACAAACUUUCCGAGGAUACAAAAAAGCUCGAUGUCAUCUCCAUUGUUGGCAUGGGUGGAUCAGGGAAGACUACCCUUGCUACCAAAGUAUUCAAUGAUCGUUUUGUUGUUUAUCAUUUCCGGGUACGUGGGUGGGUCACUGUUUCUCAAAAGUAUGAAAAGACGGAUCUGUUAAAUCAAAUGCUGGCAUCCAUCGGAGUUGAAAUGGAACAUGAUCAAAGGGAUAGCUACUCUCAUCUUCGUGAAAAGUUGCACAAAUGCCUCAUGGGCAAGAGAUAUUUAGUUGUCAUUGAUGAUAUCUGGAACAAUAAGUCUUGGGAUGACCUGAAAGUAGUUUUCCCGGAUAAUAACAAUGGAAGUCGACUUCUGGUCACCAGUCGUCACAAGAGAGUUGCUUUACAUGCAAAAUCAAACGGUCUCAUCCAUCAGUUAAGAUAUUUAACAGAUGAAGAAAGCUGGGAGUUGCUGCAUAAGAAGGUGUUCCAUGGCAACGAUUUCCCGGACGUGUUAACUGUACCUGGAAUGCAAAUUGCAAGAAACUGUCAUGGAUUGCCACUGGCAGUGGUUGUCAUUGCAGGAGUUCUAGCAAAAGAACCAGUAAUCAAAGACACAUGGGAAAGAAUUUCUCGACGUGGCGGUUCAUUAAUCGUCAAGGCGUUGGCUUUGAGUUUGAAUCAUUUACCUUCUCACUUGAGAGACUGCUUUCUUUAUCUAGGAAGCUUCCCAGAAGACUACAGGUUUGGAGUGCCAAGGUUGAUCUGUUUAUGGAUUGCUCAGGGAUUUAUACAAGAAGUCAAAAGUCAAAGCUUUGAGGAAACUGCAAAAGAUUACCUGAUGGAACUGGUCGACAGAAAUCUUGUAGUCAUACAGGAUAGAAAGUUCAACGGAGCCAUCAAAACUUUUAGUCUCCAUGAUGUUUUGAGGGAACUCUCCAUGGAAAUUGCAACAAAAGAAAGGUUCUGCACACAAGUAAUAGGAUGGGAUAAUUGUAUCAUUGCACCAUUCAAGACAAGCCGCAUAUUCAUCGGCCAUGACACAAAGCUUCGUUCACUUUUGCCCUUUUAUAGCUACUCAUAUGAAAGUUACAUCAUUCAUAAGUGUUCCCAAUCGUGGAGUGCUGGAUCUGAAACAAUGUCAUCUAAAAUAUUUCCCAGACGAAAUAUCAUUAUUAAUUGGCUUAAAGUACCUUGCAAUUUGGAAUGAUAAUAGAGAUUUCCAAUCCACAAUAUGUGAUCUUAGAAGCCUUCAAACCCUCAUCAUUGAAAGCAAUUCAAGUAAUCUUUUGAUGCUGCCAUGUACCAUAUCAAACUUGGUGAAUCUAAGGCACUUGUGGAGUCGCCGGGCAAUUAUUUGUCCUCCACUUCAGAUGCCGUUGAUGAAUUUGCAAACCAUUUCCAACGUAGUGUUGGUAGAUGGGCCUAAGAGGUGGGUGAAAUAUUUUCCAUGCGUCAAGAAGCUUUCGUGUUUCUUUAACCCAGAUUGGAAUAAGAUAUAUGACUUCAAAUCACUCACCUUCCUUGAGAUACUGAAGAUGAGAUCUAUAAAGUGCAAAAGUAUACCCAGAUUCCAAAAGAUUAGCAUCAGAUUUCCUACCUCAUUGAAAAAACUUACAUUGAACGGAUGCCGUCUUCCAUGGAGUAACAUGUCCAAAAUUCAAUCUUUACCAAAUCUCGAGGUUCUAAAACUACUUACAGAUGCCUUCGUGGGACCCAGGUGGGACGCUGGUGAAAAUCCAUUUCAACAACUAAAAUUCUUGAAAUUAACGGGGUUGGAUAUCGAACGGUGGGAAGCCUCCAGCAUCAACUUCCCAAGUCUCAAACAGUUAUUCUUGGUGGACUGCCGUCUCCUUGAAGGGAUUCCACUUGAAAUGAGUGGUGUCUCAACACUAGAGCACAUCCAGAUCAAGUCUUGUAACAUCUCUGUUGUCAAAUCAGCUGAUAAAAUACGAAAAGAGCAACGUGCUGAUGGAAACUACGACUUGAAGAUCAGAGCUGAUAGACAAUCAUUAACAACUCCAGAAAAUCUGUUCGUUGGGGAAAAUAGUCUAAAACACAUCAUCAAAAGUAGACAUGUUCUCUAUGAAAUGAAAAGAAGAUUAAAUGAUCGUAUAGCCCGAACAGAAGAACUACCAAUGCAUCAUCCACUAGUUAUUCAAUCACAUCGCCCUAGAUGCAAGAGUAGAACAUGGAACAAUCAGAGAUCCAUAUAUAGUCCGAUCAAAGAGAAAAAUUUAACAGAGGUGGAAGACUUAAGUUGAUUAAAAUUUGAUGGUGGAUAUCUAUACAGAUCGGCCAUUUGCAGCCCUACUUUGUAAUUGCAGAGUCAAAAGAAAGCAUUCUAUUCACUAAUCUAUGCUAUGUGUGACAGCUUAUGGUGUAAUCACAAAAAAAAAGACGUUCAAUAAUGGAAUUUUUAUUUGCCUUCUAA